AUGAGUGAAGCUGCUACGCCGAUUGUGAAGCGUUUGCACAUCUCAGGCCUAACACCUACGUUCUCGAAAGAGGCCCUACAAGAUCGAUUAUCGUCGUACGGCGAAGUGCUGGCAUUGGAUGGCUGUGAUGACGAUUUUUGUACCCAAGUGGGUGUGCGACGAACCUAUGCAUUCGCCACGCUACGUGCGACGCCUGCCCAGAUCGCGCGGUGUAUGAAUACACUGAGUGGUGCGAUUUGGAAAGGUGCCAAGCUCCGGGUUGGUGAGGCCAAGCCGGUAUGGCAUGAACGACUGGCUAUGGAGCGGGCCAAGACAGCCAAAGACGAUCCACAAGCGCGGGCGCUCCUGCAUCGGAAAAAAUGGCUUCGCAAGCGUCCAUGGAUCGGCAUGGAGGCGUAUGACAUGUCUCCCAUCACACCAGAACGGGUAGCCGAUGGCGAAUGGGGCUGGAAGCGCACGCCAACAGGUCACCUCGUCCGCCCUAUGCAUAUGCGCCUGACACACCCUAUUCCUCGGCCUAUGGACAGCGAGCGGCCGCCGUCGCGAUCCCAUACAGUUCGACGUGCGCCGCGUGUGACCAUUGAUCCCACGCGGUACACACGUGAACACCUCACAGGCUCCAUGCUGGAUGCGUUGCCCGAUGCCGUGGAUCACUGGCGAUGGGUCUGGGACGACGAGGCAGCACAAUGGCUAGCGUACGACACUUCGGGCGCCUGUGUCGCAACGGAGGUAGGGCCGCGUGCACGCGCUGUCCCUACCGAAGUGCAAGACGAGGACAAAGAUGCUUGGCCUGUGGAGAUCGAGCCAUGUCCUUCUGCGCCCGAGAAUGUGGACGAGCUCCCAGAUACCCUAUUUGAGCAGCAGGACGAUGUACCAGAUACCCUCUUUGAUGAGACGCAACCUGCUACAGGCCAUGCCGCAUCUACGGCAGGGCAUUGGUGGGACGAGGACGAAUCUAUGCCCCAGGACCACCUUCCUACCUCGACACAGGCACGCAAGACGGCUGUCCUUGACGACUCUGACUUUUCCGAUGGGUAUGAAGAAACAGAGCACACGACGCCAGCCCCUUCGGGCCACGCGGAGCAUGCACGCGCGAUGCAUUUGCUGCAAGGGCUCUUUGGUGCUGAUGUGCAGGACACUUCGUCUGCGCCAGCGGCGCCUACGACUAGCCCUGACACAAUGCAUCAUGAGGAAGAGGACGAAGACGAUGACGAGGCCAUCCGUGCCUUGGCAUCGACCCAGGCCGUCUCGCCUGAAUCUCCCUCCCCUAUGGCCUCGGCCGCUGCCCCUGAGGUGCCUGCUGUGCCGGCGUCUGCACCUGUUCAGGAGACCGUGCAGAUGGACAGCUUGAAGGACAUGUUCCAGCCGACCGAAGAAGAAGGCACUUUUACUCUCUUUGGGCACUUGGACGAAGAGGACUUGGAUCUCGAUAUGCAAAUGGACGAUGUCGUGACCGGUGGUGAGGCGCCCGUCUCUACGCCUGUGGCUCCUAUCUCUGUGCCUAUGUCUACCACGUCGCUUCCGCCUAUGACAACACCAUGGUCCAUGUCCUCCUCGACUCUUCUACCUACUCUUUUCCAACGUGGUUCUGCGCCGUUCUGGAAAGUCGAUACGGACCAAGAGAUCGAGCAGCGAUGGCUCGAUCGUCGUGGCGAAAUGACACAGACGUACCGUCGUAUGCAUCGCGAGGCGCUCAAGAAACGCAAGCGUCGUGUCGUGGGCUCUCGUGCCGGCGCGCAGCAAGGCGGCCAUGCGCCUGCGCGUGGCGCUGUGGCUGGCUAG